AUGUCAUCUAUAAUAAUAGAUGAUGAACAACCAAUAAAGAGUAAAGAAGAAGAAUCAAAUAAUACAACUUCACAAUCAUUACUAGAUAAUAUAGAGGAUAUACAAUCACCUACAAGUAGUGAUGAAUAUAAUAAUGACAAUGAUGAUGAUCUUUCAGAUAAUAGUGAUAAAGUUAAUAAUAAUAAUAAUGAUGAUGAAUCAAAUUGGUUAAACAUCAAAGUUGAAGAAGAAUGUUCAAAAUAUAUGUUAAUAUCUCAUUUUAUAACUAGAAUGGGUGAUAGAGGAUGGGAAUUUGUUAUACCAUUAAUAUUAAUUUAUAUAUCACCAAAUUCAUUAAUACCAACUACAUUAUUUGGUUUAUCUGUUACGAUUGUUAGAAUUUUAUUUGGUACUACAAUUGGUCAUAUGACUGAUAAUUAUAAGAAAUUAUUAGUUAUAAAAGUUGGAAUAAUUGGACAAUUAUUAUCAAUUGGAUUAUCAUGUAUAAUUCUUUUUAAACUUGUAAAUAUGAAAAAUGAUGAUCUUGAAACGAGAUGUUUAGUGGAUAAUAUAUUUUGUAGUGGAUUAUCAUCAUUUUUAUUUUUUGUAUUAUUAACUCUGGCUGGGACACAUUCAGUUUCUUCACUGAUUAUGGAUAUAUCGGUAGAAAGAAAAUGGGUACCUGCUAUUUGCAAAAAAACUCUAAGCAAAACAACUAGUAGAAUGAAACAAGUUGAUCUUUCAACUGAAGUUUUGGCUCCAUUCAUUGCUGGUUUAAUUGCAACUUUUUAUCAAUUGGAUAAAUUUACAGAAUCUUAUAAAUUGGAAAAUAAUAACUCAUCAACCAACCAUUCUUCAUCCUCUUCAUCCAAUUCAUCCUCUUCAUCUGUUUCAUCACAUGGACCAUUAUUUGUAUUUAUGAUAAUUGGAUUAUUUAAUUUCUUUUCAUUUGCACCACAAUAUUUCUUUUUACAUCGAGUAGAAUCAAUUUGUCGUCAACAUAGUUUUAAUAUUGAUAGUAAUUUAUCACAAGAAUUAAUAGAAUUACAACAACCAAAUAACCAGAUAAAUAAUAGUCAAGAGGAAAUGAUUAGUAAUGAUAUUGAUAUUGAAUUAUUGGAAUUAAAAAAAAGACAUAGUUUAAAACAAGUAAUCAUUGAAAAUAUUAUCAUUGGAGAAUGGAAUCCACUAAGAAAUAUUAUUAAAGGAUGGAGAACCUUUAUUCAACAAGAACGAGUCUAUCUGAUGAUACUUGCCUAUGUGUGUUUAUGGUUUACAUUGCUUAGUCCACAUGACCCCAUUCUCACAGCCUACCUUUCAACUCAUGGUUACAACUAUUUGGAUCUUUCCAUUUUCCGUGGUUUAGGUGCUUUGUUUGGUUUGGCAGCAACUUUUUCCUAUACACCGUUGAUGCGAAGAUUUGGUGGUCUAAACAACACUGCCACCUUUUACAUUUUCGAAGAGUCUGUUCUCAUCUUUUUGGCUGCCAUUUUAUUCUCUUGGAUAGAAUCUUCUUAUCCUGCCAAAUACAUAUUUUUGGUUCUUAUUGUACUGUCUCGAUGUGGAUUGUAUGGAUUUGAAAUAUGUGAAAUCAAUUAUGUUCAACGUGUCGUUCCCGAUAAUGUCAAAGGUAUUGUCAGUGGUUUUGAAAGUUCACUCACCAAUUUAGCAAUGCUCAUUAACUAA